AUGGAGCCCAUCAACCGGACAGUGGUCUCCGAGUUCAUCCUGAAGGGCUUUUCUGGCUACCCAGCCCUGGAGCACCUGCUCUUCCCUCUGUGCUUGGCCAUGUACCUCGUGACCCUUUUGGGCAACAUAGCCAUUGUGGCGGUGAGCGUGUGGGACUCCCGCCUGCACACACCCAUGUACUUCUUUCUGGGUAACCUCUCUAUCCUGGACAUCUGCUACACGUCCACCUUCGUGCCCCUAAUGCUGGUCCACCUCUUGUCAUCCAGGAAGACCAGCUCCUUUAUCGGCUGCGCCAUCCAGAUGUGUCUGAGCCUGUCCACAGGCUCCACGGAAUGCCUGCUGCUUGCCAUCAUGGCCUAUGACCGCUACCGGGCCAUUUGCCGGCCACUCAGGUACCCUGUGCUUAUGAGCCACGGACUAUGCCUGCUGCUGACAGGAGCCGCCUGGGUGCUGUGUCUGCUCAAGUCAGUGACAGAGACAGUCAUUGCCAUGAGGCUGCCCUCGUGCGGCCACCGCGUGGUCAGCCACUUCACCUGUGAGAUCCUGGCGGUGCUGAAAUUAACCUGCGGUGACACGUCAGUGAGCGAGGCCUUCCUACGGGUGGGUGCCAUCCUCCUCCUGCCUGUGCCCCUGGCCCUCAUCUGCCUGUCCUACACGCUGAUCCUGGCCACCAUCCUACGGGUGCCCUCGGCCGUGGGGCGCCGCAAAGCCUUCUCCACAUGCUCAGCGCACCUGGCGGUGGUGCUCCUCUUCUAGGGCACUGUCAUCUUCACGUACAUGAAACCAGCGAGCAAGGAGGCCUGCGUCUCGGACCAGGUCCUCACGGUCCUGAAUGCCAUCGUCACCCUCAUGUUGAACCCCGUCAUCUAUAGCCUGAGGAACACGGAGGUGCAAGAGGCUGCAAGGAAGGUCUGGGGCAAUAGACGGGCCUGCAGGUGA